CCUUGACCAUCAUCGAAGGAACCACGAGCCAAUCGGAGAGAGAACUACCAGCGGGGAGCGCCAGGGUGCAGAGAGCGCCGCCGCGAGCCAUCUCCGACUCGCUGGCGACUUGGCCUCUGUGUGUGCCUGGGGAUCAUCGUUGGGGAACCAGUGAAGCAUACGCGUGGAUCUCCUAGGACCUGGGUCGUCUCUCUCCCACCGAAUUGCUCACCGGAGCAAAACUUGGCCGGGGACCCGCCCUCCGCGUGAACCAGCUUCUCCGCGUCACCAACGCCGACGUAUAUCGGAUGGCUGACUUCGCGGACACGGGCACACGGCAACAGAAGGUCUUCGCCGGACUCUACGCCCACUGAACACGCCCUUGAGGGCUGAGGCCUUGACCCACUGAACACGCCCUUGGCGACCGCCGCCGCUCUACUCCCAGUUGCCCUGUUCUUCGCCGGACCCUUCGCCGGCGACAAGCACUAACCAACGACCAACACGAUUCCAACAUUUGAAAUCCAACUCCACCAUGACCGGUUGUUGGCAGUUUCCUUCUGAUUUCCAUUUAUCCAUGGUUUUGUUGCGAUGGGGUUAUUCAGGGGCAGCUUCACUCUCUUGGUGGGAAUGGGAUGUGGUGUCUAUAUAGCUCAGAACUACAAUGUGCCGAACGUCAAGAAGCUAUUCAACACAUAUGUUUUUCUGGCAAAGCACAUUGAGGAAACCUACCGUAAGCCGAAGAAAGACGAUGAUUGAUCCUUUUACAUUUGUUUUCCAUGUUAUGCCCUGGGAAAGCAAGUACAGCUGACGUAAUACAGAAAGGUGCUUUUUUGAAAUGGUGAAGGCAUUUUUGUUUAUGGUCUAGUUUGAACUCCAGUGGUAAAUGUUAGUUGUGGAAUUCAGUUGCUGUGAUAGUUUUUGGUCGCAUGGGCUUCUAGAUCAUCCCCUUUUGGCCUUUGCUCGUGUUCCUGUGCCUGAGAAAUGCACUGAACUUUGUAGUUGAACUGUUGAAGUGCGGCCAUGGAUAAUCUAGCACAUAUUAGUGUGUUUGUCAAGUUAACUUAGGAUGGGAUGAUGUGUUUAGUUGAAUCUAGAUUUAUCUUUGUUUCUUUAAAUUGUUUGUUCUUCGAUUUACCACGAUGGAUGAUGACAUUUGUAUUUGCAACCAGAUAGUGGGGAUGUGCCUUUCA